CACAGAGACUGGGAGCGGAGGAAGGAGGAAGGGGAGGUGCGGCCAGGGCGCCAAGCCAGCAGGCAGUGGUAUAAAAGAGAGAGCGAGUUGUUACUCCCACCGCUGCCUUGCCGUUGCCGGUGCCGGUGCCGACACCAACCAAGCAGCUACCCCCACUCGCCGGCCAACCACACAGGGCGCGCGGUGGGGAUGCAGCAGAUGGAGUGGGACAUGAGAGGAGGAGGGCACGGUAGCGCUGUCGGGGACGGUGGGCCUGGUGGACGCGGCCUUACUGUCGGAGGCGGCGUCGCUCUCGCUGUCGGGGGAGGGGACCAGCAGCGCGUGGAGGCGCACUACCGCGGCGUCCGGAAGCGGCCGUGGGGUCGGUACGCGGCCGAGAUCCGCGACCCCUGGAGGAAGACGCGCGUGUGGCUGGGCACCUACGACACGCCCGUCGAGGCCGCCAUGGCCUACGACCGCGCCGCCGUCGCGCUGCGCGGCUCCAAGGCCAGGACCAACUUCACCGCGGGCCGCGGCGGCGCCCGGGCCACGCCCGUCCAGGCCCGCCCGCUCCCGCACCCCGCGCUGGCGCCCGGCCACUUCAGCGGGCUCGACGCCACACACUCGUCGCCCUGGCACGUCGUCUAUCUCCCACCGCCCAGGUUGCACCAGCAGGCCCUGGCGCCGCCGAUGCCCCUCGUGGCAGUGGCAGGCGACGUCGCCACGUCGCUGCCGUCCACGGCGCUGGAGCUCCGGACGGGGCCCAAGGCCCUCCCGUUCGACCUCAACGAACCGCCGUCGUUGCUGUUCGGCUCGCUGUCUCCGUGAACGCACAUGGAGACGGAGCUCUGUAGUGUCAGGUAGGGAUCGUGGACCAUUGGACGCAGUGGUAGGAUUGAUCAGUGAGGGUAAUCGGAAAUGGUGGUCAUGGGUCCGGUUGUAUAUAUACUAGCACUCUAGCAGCACCUAUUUAAGGAAAUCUUGCCUUUCUCGUCUUCGUU